AUGGAGGCGCGCGCGGGGGGCGCUGCGGAACCUAGGAGGAGCAGAGGAGGCCACAGCUUCCCAAAACCGGCGGGUUCCAGCGCCAAGCAGAUCCUGGCGCGGUUGGACGCGCGCCCUCUGGCGGCCCGAGCUGCGGACGACGUGGCGGCGCUGGUUCGCAGGGCUGGAGCCACAUUGCGCCUGCGCGCCAAGGAGGGCGUCAGUGGGCUGGACUCUGCGGAUAUAGAGGUCACUGAUAGUCGUCUGCCUUAUGCACCUCUUGUGAGACACCGGAACCAGACCGGCGACCUGGUGCUCUACAUCAACGGGGAGUCCACGCACAGCCUCACCCUGACUCAGGUCCUAGAGCGGAUCCGCUCUGGUGGUUCCCGCCUAUGCCUCGUGCUCCUCAGGCCUGUUGAUAGCCAUCCCCGCAAGCCUGAGGGUUUGGGAGAGCCCCAGAAAAGAGUCCUGUCACUCCUAGAUCGCAGCCCAGAUCCUGGGGGACCGAAGGGAAGAAGGCCUUGCAGUGCCAGCGCUUCCUCACUUCAGCACCCUGGGUCUAGGAAGACUGCCAAGACCCAGGGCAGCCGGGAGCCCAGCUUAGAGACGGAGGUCCACAGCACCGCGGUUACUCCUGCUGAAUGCCGUACAGAAGACCCGGGCGACCAGACUCCCAGUUUCCCGGGACCCUGGCUGGUGCCCAGCGAGGAACGGCUCUCACAAAUCCUCAGGGUCCCCUGAGGCGCGCAGCUCGCUCUGGAGAUGGCAGCCGGAAGACGGAGGCACUGA